UCAAUAUAAGGUAACGUUCGCGGCCUCGCGAGGAGGAUAACCUUGCAAACUCCCCGCGCCGCAAGGUGCUCCGACAAAACUUCACCCCUACGCGGUGGACGCUCGCCGCGAAGAGCGUUGACGUCUCGACGUCUCGAGGCCGAUCGUCGUCUUCACCAGCUCUUGCUGCCACCGCUUCAACCACCGCAGGGGUUGCAAGUGACGAAGAUAAUCAUGCCAAACUCAGUGACCUUACAAAGCUUCAAAUCGACAGGAAGUGACAACAGUGCAUUUAAUGGAGACGGAUACUCUAACGACCUAUCUCAUGGACAGAGAGCUGAGACUAAGAGGGAACAGGCCAAAAAGGACACGAAAAAAGAGGAGGCUGAACUCAAGCAAGUGGGCUUAUGUCAGCUGUUCCGUUUUGCCAAAGGGGGUGACAUCGUUCUGAUGGUGACCGGCGCCCUCGGUGCCAUUGUGCACGGAGCCGCUCUCCCCUUCAUGCUCCUCGUGUUUGGGAGGAUGGCCGACGCGUUCAUCGAGUACGACCUGGAGACCCAGGAGCUGCAGGACCCCAACAAGAUGUGCUUGAACAACAGCAUCGUAUGGGUCAACGGGACGACAAUCCCCAACGCCACCGCCUGUGGGCAUACGGACAUCGAGGUUGAGCUCACUACUUUUGCUUUCUACUACUUGGGAAUUGGAUGUGUCGUGUUGCUGGUGGGCUAUCUGCAGAUCUGUUUCUGGGUGAUGGCCGCAGCUAGGCAGGUGCUCAGAAUCCGCCAGGCUUUCUUCCAUAACAUCAUGCGCAUGGAGAUCGGCUGGUUUGACAUGAACUCCGUUGGUGAACUGAACACGCGUAUAUCCGAUGACAUCAACAAGAUCAACGAUGCCAUUGCAGACAAAAUGAGCAUCUUUAUUCAGCGCUUCACGACGUUCGUCUGCGGAUUCCUCAUCGGCUUUCUCAACGGGUGGAAGUUGACCCUGGUCAUCUUGGCAGUCAGCCCCCUGCUUGGCCUGGGUGGUGCGCUCAUGGGCUCCUUCGUGGCGCGCAUGACUGGCCGAGAGCUGAAGGCGUACGCCAAGGCGGGCGCCGUGGCCGAGGAGGUUUUGUCUUCCAUCCGCACCGUGGCAGCCUUUGGUGGAGAGAAGAAAGAAGAAAACAGGUACGACAAGAAUCUGGUGAUGGCACAGAAGUGGGGCAUCAGGAAAGGCAUGAUUCUGGGCUUUUUCCAAGGAUAUAUGUGGUUCAUCAUCUUCCUGUGCUAUGCACUCGCCUUCUGGUAUGGCUCCAACCUCGUCUUAGAAGAGGAAGAAUACAGCCCAGGGACACUUUUGCAGGUGUUCUUUGGCGUGCUCGUAGGGGCCAUCAACCUGGGCCAGGCUUCCCCUUGUCUUGAAGCAUUUGCAUCCGGUCGUGGAGCUGCUACCCAUGUCUUUAACAUCAUUGACCGGGAGCCAAUAAUCGACUGCAUGUCUGACGAUGGCAACAUUCUGCAGAAGGUCAAGGGAGACAUCGAGUUCCACAACGUGAAGUUCAGUUACCCUACUCGCCUCGACCUCACGGCAUUGCAUUCAUUUAACUUGAAGGUGAACGCAGGAGAGACCACAGCUUUUGUCGGACCGAGCGGCGCAGGCAAGAGCACAGCCAUGCAGCUCAUUCAGCGUUUCUACGACCCCCAGGAGGGCAAGGUGACGCUGGACGGGCACGACAUCCGCUCGCUGAACCUGCGCUGGAUGCGGUCGCUGAUCGGCGUCGUGGAGCAAGAACCCAUUCUGUUCGCCACGACGAUCGCGGAGAACAUCCGCUACGGCCGCGACAACGUCACCGUGAGCGAAGUGGAGCAGGCAGCACGCCGGGCCAACGCCUACAACUUCAUCAUGGAGCUCCCGCAUAAAUUUGACACGAUGGUGGGAGAGGGCGGUGGGCAGAUGAGCGGAGGACAGAAGCAACGCAUUGCAAUCGCGCGAGCCCUAGUGCGUAACCCCCGUAUCCUCCUCCUCGAUCAAGCCACUUCUGCCCUGGACAACGAGAGUGAAGCGGUGGUGCAGUCUGCAUUGGACAAGGUGCGAAAGGGCUGCACCACCAUCUCAAUCGCUCACCGCCUGUCGACGAUCCACAGCGCCGACGUCAUCGUGGGCUUUGAGCUCGGUUGCGCAGUGGAACGCGGCUCCCACGAGGCCCUCAUGGCCCGCCAGGGCGUCUACUUCACCCUCGUGACGCUACAGAGCCAGAGCGACCACAUGCUCGGCUCCAAAGGCGACGAUGAAGACAGAAUCGAAGAGCCGAUUGAGAAGGUGCGAUCCUUUAGUCGAGGAAGUUACCAAAACAGCCUCCGAGCCUCUCUGCGCAACCGCUCGCGGUCCACCACCAACCCAGCAGUCGACGUGGGGCUUUCGCUCAUCACGCCCAUGGCCUCGAGUCUCCCCGGCGACGAUGUGCAUUCCAGGAGAAAAAGCACGGCGAAGACGGAGCCGUCCGUCUCCAAGCCGGGCGUGAAGGUCAACAAGGUCACUGACGAGGAGGAGGAGGAUGAGGAGCACGCGCCCGUCACUCGCAUUCUCAAGUACAACGCACCAGAGUGGCCCUACAUGGUGUUCGGGGCGGUGGGGGCGGCCAUCAACGGAGGGAUCCAGCCUGUCUUCGCGAUCCUCUUUAGCGAAAUCCUCGGGACGUUCACUCUGCCCACUGAGGAGGAACAGAGGAAUAUGAUAAACCUGACCUGCCUCCUCUUUGUCCUUAUUGGCAUCGUGUCAUUCGUCACGUACUUCUUGCAGGGCUACAUGUUCAGCAAGUCGGGAGAGCUGCUGACGCGCAGGCUGCGCCGGUGUGGCUUUAUGGCGAUGCUGCGCCAAGACGUGGGCUGGUUUGACGAUCUCAAGAACAGCCCGGGGGCCCUGACCACGCGCCUCGCUACCGACGCGUCGCAAGUGCAAGGGGCAGCGGGCAUGCAGAUCGGCAUGAUCGUCAACUCCAUCUCGAACAUUGGGUCGGCGUUCAUCAUCGCCUUCUACUACAGCUGGAAGCUGAGCCUCGUCGUCACUUGCUUCCUGCCGCUGCUGGCCUUGUCGGGCGUCUUCCAGGCACGCUUGCUCACAGGCUUUGCCAACACUGACAAGGAGGCAUUGGAGGAUGCCGGCCAGGUGGUGAACGAGAGCAUUGUGAACAUCCGGACGGUGGCCGGUCUGGGCAAGGAGCGGACUUUCGUGAAGCAGUACACGGACAGCCUGACUGUGCCGCACCGCGCCGCCAUCCGCAAGGCGAACGUCUUCGGCGCGACCUUCAGCUUCUCGCAGAGCGUCAUCUUCUUCACGUACGCGGCCUCCUUCCGCUACGGAGGCUUCCUCGUGGCGCACGACGGGCUGAAGUUCCCGCUCGUGUUCAGGGUGUUCUCGGCUCUGGUGUUCAGCGGCACGGCUUUAGGCCGAGCGUCGUCCUACGCCCCCGACUACGCCAAGGCCAAGAUCUCGGCAGCUCGUCUUUUCAAGCUGUUCGACCGAACUCCGGCCAUCGACUCCUCUCCAGACAAAGGAGUAUCGUGGGAUGGCUUCCGUGGAGACGUGACGUUCACCAAUUGUACGUUCACGUACCCAAGCCGGCCAGACACGCAGGUGCUCAACGGGCUCUCGGUGAGCGUUCAGCCUGGGCAGACGUUGGCGCUCGUGGGCACCAGCGGUUGUGGGAAGAGCACGAGUGUGCAGCUCCUCGAACGCUUUUACGAUCCAGACGGAGGCCAAGUGCUGAUCGACGGGAGGGACUCUCGCACGGUGAACGUGGGUUUCUUGCGCUCCAAGAUCGGCAUCGUGUCUCAGGAGCCGGUGUUGUUCGACUGCAGCAUUGCCGACAACAUUCGCUACGGUGCCAACUUCCGCGAGCUCACGUGGGAAGAGGUCAUUAAUGCCUCCAAAGCCGCACAGCUGCACGACUUCGUCAUGGGCCUGCCCGAGAAAUAUGAAACCAACGUGGGAGAUAAAGGUGCGCAGCUGUCACGCGGGGAGAAACAGCGGGUGGCGAUCGCGCGUGCCAUCAUCCGCGACCCCAGGAUCCUUUUACUGGACGAGGCGACGUCAGCGCUGGACACCGAGAGCGAGCAGACCGUGCAAUCUGCGUUGGAUCAGGCGCGCCAGGGCCGCACGUGCAUCGUGAUCGCUCAUCGCCUCUCCACCAUCCAGAACGCCGACCAGAUUGCCGUCAUAUCCCAGGGGCUGGUCAUUGAGAAGGGCACUCACAAUGAGCUCAUGGAUGCGCAGGGCGCCUACUACAAGCUUGUUACAACAGGCGUUACCAUGAGCUAAGAUCGUCGUUAUUUAUACGGCAGAGAUUCAUUUCUUAAUGUUUUCCGGUUCUCUGGUAGACUGGAGGAGGUGGCGGGUGACAAACAGCCACAGCCAUGACGAGAGGUCUACUGGAUGUGGUGUGCCGGGUAUGGAAAUAUUUUGCAGCUCGCCGAACUGGACAGGCCAAGCUGAAAUUAAAAUUAAAUGACACCGUUGAAAUGCCACCUUUACGUUUUCAUUUAGAGUGUAGUAAACUAUGAAAUCGCAUUUAAUUUUCCAUUAACGCUUAACCCGGGUCACUCUUGCAAGAGAGAUGUGCUGUCGCAAUGCUGACAACAUCACUCAACACUUGUUGAGACCUUAAGAUGGUAUUUUAUCAGAGGUUGGGGAACGGACGGCCCAUGUGCCAGACAUGGCCCACAACUUUAUUUCUUCCAGCCCGUGCCUACGUGGAUGCCUCCCACUUUGAAACGGUCCACAAAUGACAUUUAUCCUUCACUGAAGGAGGGGAGGGGGGAAUAUUUUAAACCUGGCAACGAUGCCGCGUUUAUCAUUUGAGCGCGCUCAGUCACGCCUGUCAAUGCGAAAGCCUCUUGAAGUGGCAGGCGUUGACUUGAGCUGUGUUAAUGUGGACCGCUAAAGCUACGUGAAAGUUGUAUCCGACCCUCGCCAAGUAGAGGGUUCUUCACCCCCGAGUUAUAUAAACUGUCAUAGGAAGUAGUGUAACGUUUUUUUCCCUGCAGUGUGUGGACGUACACACACGGGCUUAAUGCUCUUAUGUAUACAUAUUUACACGCACCAACUUUGUUUUACAUGCAAUUGUGAGCCUAGUGAUUACAUUAUAAGGAUACAAUUUGAUCAUACGUGGAUAAGAUAUCCUGAUUAAUGGACUUUUUUAUUGUUGGAAACAUUUCAUGUUUAUAUUAUCCUCAAGCAUGUUCAAUCCCUCGUGACAAUCCACUGCUGGAUGAGGACCGCCCCACAUGCCUGGCAGGCCUUGGUGGAGGGGGGGGGGGGGGUUAUUUGACCAUACUUCACCAUGCUGGGUCAGUGCGGGUUGGUGUUGGCGGGGAGCAGACGUAGCAGCACAGUACACUAUCACAAUAGAUGUUGCUGCACUGUUCUCUGCUGCCCUCCACAUAACCCAGCAACAAACCUAUAGCAUCCUGUUUGUGCGUGAUGGUUACCCAUCCAAGCACCAUGCAGGUUCAAAUCGCCGCUUAGCUUUAUAUCUGGGUGCAUUAUGGGGAAUUGGAAAGUAGAAAGGAACGUUAUAUUGACCGCUAGUCGUGUUGCUCAUUCAUUUAAUUCCACUGUGGAAGGGCAAGUGGUUUGCCCUUCAGAUUUAUUCUCAGCCAUUGCAAUGUGGAAUUUCCACCACUGGCUCAGAACCGUCAAUGCAAGACGCUCCAUUUUUUGAGCAGGUAGAUGUUUUGACUGAAGACUGGGAUGUAGUUGAGCGUCUUAACAUAAAAUACUUAAAUAUAGAUAAAUGUAGAGAAAUGUUAUGGUACAUAUUUUACACGGAUUGUAUAAAAAAAGGUUGUUGCCGAUUAAUAAUGAACACAUACUAAGUGUUGUGAACUUGGGAUAUCCAAAAUAAAAAAAAGUUGGUCCAAUUAUAUUUUUUUCAAUGUUGUGAAUUUGCUCCAACACACCGGUGUGCUGUGCUCGUAACGAAUUAGCAUGUUCUGUUAACGUGACAAACCUUACUAAUUGGCUGUGGCGGAUUUAAAGACAUUUAUAUUUACGCGAUCUAACCCCAAAAAAAAACCUGUAUUACCAAUUAACAAGUUUGAUCUUCAGGCAUGCUGGUCACACAGGACGCCAUUUCACACGAACAGCACAAAAAAGCCUCAUUGAGGUUCAACUCGCAUUGGAGAAAAUCAUGCAUUUUGAUGUUUACCCAACUGCUUUUUAACGAGCAUGUUGUGGGAGGAAAUGGAAUACAUGGAGAAACUCCACAUACGAAUGGGUGAUUCUCAGUGCUAUAGUCUUCACCUCGCUCCCUUGCAGCCCAGCAGCGUUGGGAAUCCGCGAGCAAAUCUGUGACCCAACAACUCCACUGACCAGAAUGAGCCA